GUGACCCAGCGAGCUAACACCCAGUCUGCGGCCUGAUUGCUUGUGAAUAACGAACAGUAGCCCUGCCCAUAUCUAUCUCUAGAUCUAUGGAGGAGUAGAUUUAGAGAUAGAUAUAGAAAGUCCGUUUUUCCGAACUGUGGGGAACUUGCCACCCAAGGGCGAGGGGUGCGCUCGGUUGUUUUUUGUGCUUUUUUGGUUUUUGGUCUUUUUUUUUUUUUUUUUUUUUUUUUGAUCUUUGCUUUAACACUCAGACUCUUUGUAAUAGACCUUUAUUGAGCAGACCUUAAGUAGGAAGCAAACGUGAACGCGGGCACGAGAACGCGCUCUCUGAACAGCCUCUCUCAGACUAUGUUUAAAAAAAAAAAUAAAAAGACCUUUGGCCCAGCGGCAGCAUCGGCGACAGAAAGCUGAGGCUUUCCGAGAUCUGGCAAGAAGUGUCAAUGACUGACCCGAGGCGUAUUCUCCAGAGCGGAGCUCCACGAGGGGCCCCUCCCGCCCCUGCGGCUUGUCUGAGAACGCAGCAUUCUGGGAGCAAGGGAUGGAGUAGUUUACUUUUGGAGGAGAAGGGGGGUGGAGACAGGGUUUUGUGAGUUCCUAGACGGCUCUUCUGUAACGUUCCGCGUGGGCUGGAAACGGGAGGGAAUAGCGGGGAGUAUGGCCACCCUGCUCCACGAUGCUGUAAUGAAUCCAGCUGAAGUGGUGAAGCAGCGCAUGCAGAUGUACAACUCCCCUCACCAUUCGGCUCUUCGAUGUAUCCGGGCCGUGUGGAGGAAAGAGGGCUUGGGCGCCUUCUACCGGAGCUACACCACCCAGCUCACCAUGAACAUCCCCUUCCAAUCCAUUCACUUUAUUACCUAUGAAUUCCUUCAGGAACAGAUGAACCCCCUCCGGGGCUAUAACCCGCAGUCUCACAUCCUUGCGGGGGGGCUGGCCGGAGCCAUCGCCGCGGCCGCCACGACCCCCCUGGAUGUCUGUAAGACUCUGCUCAACACUCAGGAAAACAUGGCGCUCUCCCUGGCCAACGUGAGCGGACAUCUGUCGGGCAUGGCCAACGCCUUCCGGACGGUAUACCAGCUCAGUGGCGUGGCUGGGUACUUUAAAGGUAUCCAGGCGCGGAUAAUUUACCAGAUGCCCUCCACGGCCAUCUCCUGGUCAGUCUAUGAGUUUUUCAAGUACUUCCUUACAAAGCACCGGACAGAAAAAACAACUCUGUACUAAAGGAACCGAAUGUGGGGGAACAAUUCCAGCAUCUUAUUUAACAAAGAAAGGAUUCCCCCUCCCAGCCGCAGCCCUCUUUCCCCUACGCCCUGGGACCAAGAUUUACGAGCUCCGUGAUUCUUGCAGGGUAUGUGCCACUGACAAGCCCCUCCCUGUGGCCGGCCUCGAGGGGGGGCUCUGCGCCCACCCGACGCCAGGGCGCGGAUCCAAAAUGGCGGCACUGGGGAUUAGGGACAGAUUUGAGUGGAAGAAAGAUGAAUGCCUUCCCCCUCCCUCUUCUUGCCUUUUGCCUCCCCUGCCAGAGGAACGAACGCGACUUCCUCUUCCCUAGAAAUCCACAGAAUAGGAUUGGGGAGAUCGAGGGGGGGGGGUCUGGAUAGGUGGGAGUUUGCACUUCAGAGACUUAAGAUGUCAAAGACAAAUUAAAUAUAUGUAUAUACAAGGUCCAUUACGCAAUAUAAAAAUAGAUGGAUAAUGUUUAUCCUUUAUUUUUCUAUUUAGAGUUGUAUUUGUGUGUGUGUACGUGUAUGUGUGUGGGUGGGAGAGUGUACAAAUAGUAUUACAGUUGAGAUUUUAAAGCUUUUUUAAAAAAUAAAACAAAGGGCUCAGUUUCUCCCAUCAUGAUAUAUAAUUAAGCACCGAAGCAUCUUUACCCAACCUCCGGGGGGGGCCUGAAAGCCUAGAGGUUAGUCACCCUCUCUGCCCCCCAUGGAAGUUUCACUUGAAUGUAUGUAAUGUUGAGUUUGUACUUUGGAACUUUUUUUUUUUCUUAAUGGGAAAAAAGUACCUUUUUUAAAAAAAAAAAAAUCUGUAACCAAGAGGAAAAAAAAUGACUACUUUGUCAUUUUUUUUCUUUACAGACUUGGGGCGUUAAAUUGGGAAGGGGUGUUAGAGACUGAGCUGUCUCCCUGCUUUUACAGAUGAGGAAACAGACUGUGACUGCCUUUAGGGUUGGAUGAAUCUAUUUCCAAGCCCCUGGAGAGCAAGCACUCCCUUCUCCUGUUUCCAAUGGAGACUCCCAUGUCCUUCAAGGCCCUCCCUGUAAGGAAGGCCAUGGCCGAGCGGCCCCUGCCAAUAUCUCCAGAUGGAAGAUUUGUACUGGUGUGAGGGGGUUCGGCUUGUGUGUGUGUGUGUGUGUGUGUGUGUGUGUGUGUGUUUGUUUUUUGAAGUUCCAACCAGGGCCCUCCAAGACCCUUUCCCUGUGUCCUGAGGAUCCUCCUCUUCCCCACCGGCUGAGGUGGAUUGUUUCUAGUACAGAGGUGUGGCUGUGGGGCACAUGGGCAGAGCAGCUUCUUGUUCUCUCCCCGACCCUUCAUUUUCAGAUCAUUUUCCCUGUGGUAAUUCUUAGGGUCUUGAUCCUUCAGCCGCUGUGAGGAGGGAUGAGAACCACCUUGCUAAAGCUCAUCUCUGCUCUUCCAUGCCUAGGAGGAGGUGCCAGAAAAGCAUGUCUGUGUCCUCUGUGUGUGUGUGUGUGUGUGUGUGUGUAUUUGGGGGGAUCAGCUUCAUAGAUGAUGAGGAAGAAUUUGAGUUUCAGAGAGGGACAAGAUCUUUGAGAUGGUUUUUUAGCACUUAGAUUACAAAUGACUUAGAUAGAGCCCUUCUAAGUUUUGUAGUGUGUCUUGAAUGACAAUCUCCUUAAAAAAAAAAAUACAAACCUGUUUUUUUCCAACCCGUUGCUAGCUGCCAGACCUGAAAAGACUAAUUUGCCCCUCUUCUCCUUGCCCAAGCGCCUGUAAGUCUCAGGCACUGGGCAUUUCUCCUGGCAGAGACUCUGAAAGGGCCCCAGAGAUGGCCACCAGUCACUUGUCCUUGGCCAGGGUGCCUCUGAGUUCUGACCUGGAAGUGGGGCUGAUUUUUAGGGCUUUUUGAGAAACAGCGCCAGGGAGGUGUGAGUAGGCUUCAGGCAAGGGAUGGCAAUCUUGGCUUGGUGAUGCCAGGGGCUUUUCCUCUGAAGCCAACCAGUUAGAUCUGUCUGGAAUUCAUUCAUUUAUGGAGGUGGGAGAGGGCCCUCAGACCAAUCUGUGUGACCUUGUUGUUAGAUCCAGAUAACUUGUGCCAGCCUUGGCAGAGCUCACGUGGGCUGGGCCAUCAGACGGGUUGUACCAGGCGUGUUUCGCCCAUGCCAUGUUGGGCAUCACGGGCAUGGGGGAAGUGGGCAGCGGAAGGGUAGAAUCUGCACAAUCUAGAGCCAGGAUUAAUUUAUUUUCUAAAAUAGUUUCUCCUCCUCCUCCUCCUCCUUUCCCCUUGUCUUCCUCUACCUUCCAGCUGUUUCCUAUCCCUCCUCAAACUUUCGCCUCAAGUGGUAUUUACAAACUGGAAUGCCCGCUUGUCUAGGCGAGGCUCUUUAGGGAAGGGACUUGCUUUUCAGGUCCCGAGCUCACCUUACUUUGCCUUGAUUCAUUAAGCAGCUAAAGUGCCUACUGGAUGCGGGAAUUCCAAGCCAGAAAUGAAAUCUUGUCUUCUCUUGGGGCCUGAAGUCCAUCACUUAACCUUGAAGAGCACAGAGGGCCCUGGGCUUAUGCUCGGCAAAAUCUGUUGUCCUGUGCCUUGAUUUCUGGUUUGAAGGAGCGAAGUCCAGGGUUCUACCUUCCUAAAAUCAAUUGCAAUGGACAGGAUAAACCUUCAGAACUUGAUUCUUCCUCCCCGCUUACCCCAAUUCCAACUUAACUGCCGGCUAACUUGCCUGCUUUUCCAAUCUCUCUGUCAUUGGAAUGGACAGGAUAAACCUUCAGAACUUGAUUCUUCUUCCUCACUAUCCCAGCUCCAACUUAACUGCCGGCUAACUUGCCCGCUUUUCAAUCUCUCACUUUCAUCGUACAAUGCUAGAAACCACACGGGUCCAGCUUUCCCUCUGGGAGGCUGCCCGUCCUGCCCGGGACCACUGUGUUUGACUGGGGGUGAGGGGAAAGCAUGACUUGGAUUCUGUUUGGCCUGUGAAAUCCAAAUGUGUUUGCUGCUUCUGAAGUGCAAGAACACAAAAUGUAAUUUUUUUUUAAGGGAGCAAGAGUAUUGUUUAAAAAUUAAAACAUUGUGAUGGCUGCCUGUAGUUUGUAUCAAAUAUUGUCCGACCCUCUUUUCUGAUUGUUAAAUCUGCUGUUUGAAGAAGGAAUGGGGCAGAUUGGGGGGCGGGGGGAAGGAGUGUGCAUUGGUGUGUGGGAUGUUUUGUUUCUCAAAAUGCUGCUACAGUUGUAUCACUGGAGCUGGAGGAAAAAAUAAAGUAUUGAUACAUC